AUGGAGGUCAAGGAGGAGCGCCAGCCGCGAACACACGUCGACAGCUCGCCACUGCCGACCGACUCGAUGGUGACGGUCCCACUCUCAGAAACAGACGGAACGACCCCAGAGGAAGAGGAAGGCGCGAGGCAAUCGGUGAUGCGGCCAGAAAUUAUAGUAGAGGAGCGGAGAGCGUCGUCACGAACAAACUCAACAGAAAUCCGCAAUGCCUUUGGGCGACGUGCCAGCCAAGCCAGCAUCGAGACACCCGCCCCAACCAGCCCUACCAUCUCAGUCCGUGACACCGACGCGCCAGUAUCACCAAAGACCGCGGGAGAGUCCAGGGGACGACGAACUAGCAAUGGCUCGGGAAAAAGCGAGGAGGUUGACUGGGCCGAGCUAGAGAAAAAAGAAGAACAGGAGCCAGAGGGCGAGGAGGAGGCUAUGGCCCUGCUCCUCGCACGACUGGAGCAGGAGAACGACGCCAUACUAUCAAACUCCAAAUCCAACAUGAAGGUCGCCCGCGCCCGCAGCCAGUCCCGGCCGCCCUCCUUCAACCAGCUCAAGCGCCUCGUGGCCGACGACACCUCCAACAUGCGCUUCUCACAGCUGCCCUCGCCACCGCCCAUGACCGAACUCGAGUUCUGGGCUGCCCUCGUGCGCGACUACCCACAAACCGUCCAGCGACUGCCCACCCUCUCGCUGAACAAGAUUCGAGGGGGUAUUCCAGCGCCACUGCGGGGCGUCGUCUGGCAGAGUGCAGCUGGUUCGCGAGAAAAGCUCAUCGAGGACCAAUACGACGCCCUAUGCGGAGAGUCGAGCCCGUACGAGAACAUCAUCAACAAGGACCUGGGCAGAAGUUUCCCAGGCGUCGAGAUGUUCAAGGACCCUGAAGGCGAGGGGCAAAAGAUGCUCGGUCGCGUGCUCAAAUGCUUCAGUCUGUAUGACCACAAGAUUGGCUACUGUCAGGGUCUUGGUUUCCUUGUCGGCCCCCUGCUUAUGCAGAUGGGCGACAAGGAGGCCUUUUGCGUGCUUGUGAGACUCAUGGAAGACUAUGAUCUGCGCUCUUGUUUUCUGCCAGACCUGUCUGGCCUCCACCUGCGCAUCUUCCAGUUCCAGAACUUGCUCCGUUCCCACAUGCCACAACUAGCCCAGCAUCUUGAUGAGCUAGAUGUGCAGUCCGCCUACCUGUCGCAAUGGUUCCUGUCUUUCUUCGCAGUCACAUGCCCAUUGCCCAUGUUGUUCCGCAUCUACGAUGUGCUAUUCGCCGAAGGCGCAUCCGAGACCAUCAUGCGCGUCGCGCUCGCGCUAAUGAAGCGCAACGAACAAAAGCUGCUGUCCCUCACAGAGUUCGAAGACGUGAUGCAAUUGCUUUUGGGGCGGCAACUCUGGGACCCAUAUGGGCGGAAUGCGGGGUCGGCGGAUGAGUUGGUCGGAGAUUUCGUUGGUUUCACAAAUGACGUGACGCGCGAGCGGUUGCAAGGGUUGGAGCAACAGUACAAGGAAGCUCAGGAGAAGGAUUCGUCCAAGCAGCAAGUCCAGAAAUCUGCCACGUCGUUCCUGGGACGCUUGUGGGGUCCGUCCAACUCUUCGACCAAGUCGGUUUCACUCAGCCCGGGUCUCUCCGCGCCUUCACGACCGGUUAGCUUCCUCAGGCGCUCCGCGUCCAAACAGAGUCUUGCCUCAACACUCAACUCAACUGCCGAAUCUGAUGCUUCGGCUGCGACACAAAGUACAGCCAUGACGGAUAUUUCGCGCGCCUCGAAUGGAGAUGCGCUGUCGAUGAAGUCGGGACACGGUUCCAUGGCCAUGGGCGCUUCGGCGAAAGACCGGGACCUGCAUUAUCAGAUUGAGCAACUGCUCAUGUCCGUGAGCCAACUCCAACGCCAAAAUAGCGAACUCGAAACGGCAUUGCAAAAGCAACGCGAAGACCGCAAGGAAGACCACAGGAUAGUCCGAACCGUUGUCGACAAAGUCCGAAAGAAGACUACAACACUCGCAGCGCCAUCAACCCGCGCGUCGCGCCGACGAACAACAAUCACAUCUCCACCGAAUCUCACUCCGCCUGGAGAUGCCCCCGAACUAUCGGAAGAAGCUGUGGAAAUAGUAGAAACACUAGAAACCCGCUUCCCCCACCACCAAGCCCACCACCGCGCCUCGUCCAUGUUCGAAACAAAAGCUCUUCUGCGAGACUCCUUGACACGUACGAAAGAACAGCUCGCCAACGAAACGCUGCGCGCCAACGCGCUCGCCCGUGACUUAUCCGACCGCGACGCCGAGCUGCAGAUUGCGCGUGACGCGCUACGAGAUACACGACACAGAUUAGCAGAUUCCUACAACCAGAACCAGCGGCUCGAGAAGAACGUCCAGGAACUACGACAGAAUGCACGCAAGGCGAGUGCGGCGGCGAGUUGGACAUCAGCGGACCACGGUAACGCGCCAGACACGCCACCCACGCUAUCUCGCUCCACAACCUCUGAUUCCAUAUCCACAACGACGACAAAUGGCCUGCGAGAGUUGCGCCUUGGACGAACGAAUAGCCAGAAAUCUGAACGCCACCAACAGUACUCUGCUCCUCCUCCGCAUCAGACGUUUGCCAAGCGCUCGAGUAGUCUGGCUACGCAGAGUGUUUUGAGCGCGACGGAGAAUAAUAGUCCGGCGGAUAACGAGGCGCUGCUGCUUGAGCUGGUGAAUGCAAAGACGGCAGAGGCGGUUGCGAGACAGGAGUUGGAAGAAUUACGAUCGAGAUUCGAGGGUAUGAAGAGGGGCAUGUCGCAGGGAGGUGGUGGUGGUAGUGGUAAUAGUAAUGCUGCUAGUCCGAUGAGUGGUUCGCCUUUUGCUACGCCCACGCAGACUCCGGCUGUUACGCCUAGUCCCGUUCCCAAGGAGCCGGCAAGUGGGAAUGGUGGCGGGU